CCCUCAAACAAACAAACAAAAAAACGAUAUUCAGGGAAAGGAGGAAGAUGCUGAGCUUAUCGCUGAGUAAUCAUGUUCCUCCAUUAACGCUCUUGAGCCACCACGAACGAAGAACUCUCGAGCUCAGAUUCCGAUCUUCCCUACUGUUUCACCAACUCUUCCGCGCUAAGCUCGUUUCCAAUUCUUCACCUGGAGUUGUUGCAGUUUCCGCCUCUUCGUCUCCGGUCGCAGUUCUGGAAUCAGGAGAGGAAGACCACUUCGAUGACGAAUUACGCCGUCUGCUGGCGCUGGUACCGGAGGAGAUACGACGGACGCUGGAGGAGCAUCUCGAAAUCAGCGAACUCAUUGAGGUAGUGCUGGAUUUAGGUCGUAAGCCUCUGGCGCGAUUCCCUUCCGGAGAUUUUAUCAUCUCCGACGACGCUGUUAGGGUUAAAGAUCUGCAAUUCGCAGUCUCUCAGGUUGGUGAGUUUACUAAUGAUAAUCGAGCUGGAAUCAGCCGGACAUUGCACCGGAUCAGCGCCAUAAGGAACCGGCAAGGCGAAAUCAUUGGCUUGACAUGCCGUGUUGGUCGAUCUGUUAGAGGAAGCGCCAAUUUGCUGCGUGACCUUGUCCAAGAUGGGAACUCUUUGUUGCUUAUUGGUCCACCAGGUGUUGGUAAAACCACAAUGAUUAGGGAGGUAGCAAGAAUGCUAGGGAAUGACUAUGAGAAGAGAGUGAUGAUUGUCGAUACUUCUAAUGAGAUUGGUGGUGAUGGUGAUAUACCUCAUCCAGGGAUUGGUAACGCUAGGCGGAUGCAAGUCCCUAACUCUGACAUACAACACAAGGUACUGAUAGAAGCAGUAGAGAACCACAUGCCUCAAGUGAUUGUGAUUGAUGAGAUUGGAACUAAACUUGAAGCUAUAGCUGCAAGUACAAUAGCCGAGCGUGGGAUACAGUUAGUUGCCACGGCGCAUGGAGCUACCAUAGAGAAUUUGAUUAAGAACCCUUCAUUAGACCUCCUCGUCGGAGGUGUGCAGAGUGUGACUCUUGGAGACGAGGAAGCGACCAGAAGAGGUGGCACGAAGACUGUCCUUGAAAGAAAAGGUCCUCCGACAUUUACCUGUGGCGCAGAAAUAGUUUCAAAGACUGAAGUUCGUGUUCAUCGUAGUCUUGAAGCAACUGUUGAUGCGGUCCUCGCAGGUCGCUUACCAAACGUUGAAAUCCGAAAAAUAAACUCCCAUGGAGUGGAAGUAAUUGUGGAAAAGAAGGAACCUUCGGUGGAUGUGGUGACUUUGGAUAAGAAACAUGAAGCGGAAACAUUAGAUGUUUUAAAGCUCACUAAGGAUGAAACUAUCUCUGAAGUCCUUCCAGCUAAGGAGAUUACAGAAGCAGAAUCUUCGGAGCACGAGACACCAAUGUAUCUAUAUGUCUAUGGGAUUGCAGAAUCAACUGUCCUUCAGGCAAUCAAAACACUAGAGAUGGAAAUUGCAGUAGAGAUAACCGACAACAUUAGUGAAGCAGAAGCCUUGCUUGCAUUACAAUCCAAGAUCAGGAAGAAUCCUCGGAUUAAAUCAUUAGCUACAUCUCACGGUAUACCUGUUUAUGUAACAAAGACUAGUUCAGGUAUUCAAGUGGCCAAAGCGAUACGGGAGUUACUCACAGACUACGAAGAUGGACUAGGAGAGUUUGGUUCAGAAGAUCGUCCAAAACUAUCUGAAAAAAUGGACGCCUUAGAGGAAGCAAGAUUAGCUAUAGAGCGGAUAGUGAUACCAGAAAAGGAACCAGUUGAUCUUCUCCCAAGGCCAAGGAAGAUCGUGUCAUUUCAAGGAAAUCUAGUCAGGAAGUAUAAUUUAAGAUCAGAAAGACAUUGGAGAGGAGAUGAGGUGUAUCUACGGAUCCUGCCUUAUGGUAUGGACGAAGACAAAGACGACGAAGAUGAGGAGGAAGAGGUGGUCGAAGAAGAGAACGGAGGAGAGCUUGAGGAGUUCGGUUGUGUUACUGACGAGUCUAAUGGUUUACCCUACGGUAUCGACAGGUUACCUCUAUUGCCUGACUAGUUUUGAUUUUAUAUGUUCAGAACAUUGUUAUAGAUACAUUUCUGUGAAUGCAAAUAUAAUAUUUGUAAAAAGAAUAUGGUAACUAGGAUAAGAUGGUAAGAUGACUAAAUUUGUUA